AUGAAUCAAACCACAUUGAGAGUCAAGAUUGUCGACCAAAUCUUUAACACAGCUAAUCUUAAAACAAAAGUCCAUGUCGACUUCAGAUUGCUUAAUCAACACAUUCCUCCGAAGAAAACACCCCCUCCACCUCCUAAGAAACCUUUACCAUUAGCUCCAACUAAAAUUCCACCCCCUCCUCUUAAACUUCCUCCACAACGAUUAAAACUUGACGUUCAAAAGAUCAAGCAAAAUGUACCACCACCUAAUGAACAAGUAGUUCAAACUAACGAAGUAACUAAGACUAUUUUACCUUGUCCAAAUCGCCAAAGUUCAUUGCAAAAUUUACACACAGAACAAAUGGAAAGUUCAACACCACUCUCUCCAAAGGUAGGAGACCCAUCCCCUUUGUCCUCGUCAAAACAAGACAAAAGGCAGAAAAGAAAGAAAAGUUUGAUGUCAUUUUCGACUACACACUUGUCUACGUUAAAAGAAAAAAGCGCUAAGAAAGAGACGGAAACGCCAGAGAUCUCCUCCCUUAACGUAGAGAAACACAACAAAACACCAAAGACAGAGAGAAAUUCAUUUGUCAGAAAAUUUUUCAAAAUGCCAAAGAAAUCACAGAACGUCGAUACUUUGGAUAUCUCAGAACCAAUAGGCUUCAAAAAUGUGAUCUCCGCUCAAUCGGCAUCAAGCGAAAACCUCCUUUCAAAGUUCGACUCGAACGGGGAGCUCCCACAAAUUCCACUGCCACGUCCCUUGUCUCUUUUAAACAAAAAGGAAGUCACAAGCGCACAAGAGUACUUCUCGCUCGUCGAAGAAAUGAAAUCAAAAACACUGAACUUCGACGACUGGAGUUCACCGGUCGUCCCAAAAGAGACUUGGUACACUCAACAUGAAACACUCCCACUGGGAUGGGAAAAGAAUUCAUUGGUGUUGCCUGAAGUACUUUCGAAUGGAUUUUGUAUAGAAGCCGGAAGUGGAUUUACUUCGCUUAAGACUGGACUGAAGGAGUAUUAUAUUGUGAAUAUCACAGCCGACUUUAAGUUCUUCAAUCGCUUUAUUAAAGGAAAUCCCCUCUCAAUACACUUCAUUCUGAAAGACGAGCCAGUCGUAUUUAGUGUGAUACCAGGCCAAUGCGAUGGGUUUAGAAGAGGUAUGAUAAUAUCAAAACGAGGAAUCAUCCGAUGUCUCAUUCCUGAAGAAGUCAAUUCACUGAAACAAUUCCACGAAGCCUUUCCAGACAACACUAAAAGUUCAAACAUUCUUCGAGUCAGCGACAAACCAACUUUCGAAACGGAAAUCGCCAAAUUUGAGGACAUGAUGUCUGUCUGUUCGUACAAAUUUGGUGUCUUAUAUUGUCAAUCCAACCAAAGUAAUGAAGAUGAGAUGUUCCGUAACACCGAGGGAUGUCCUGCUUAUGAAAAGUUUUUAGGCCUUUUAGCACAGAAAAUUGAAUUGAAAGGGUUUCCCAAAUUCAAAGGAGGGUUAGAUGUGAAUAACGGAGAAACCGGGACAUACAGCUACUUUACUGAAUUUCUGUGUUAUCAAAUAAUGUUCCAUGUGUCUACCUUACUUCCGGAUGUUAAAAGUGACGAGCAGCGUGUUGACAAAAAGCGCCAUUUAGGCAAUGAUGUUGUGGUUCUAGUAUUUAAAGAGAAGGGGGAAACUACAGAGUACUUCGACCCAAGGUGCUUCACGUCACACUUCACUCACGUCUUUGUCGUUGUAACACCAGACGUUAAUGACGAGAGUAACAAUGGAUACACAAUCACCGUGGUUUGUAAAAGCAGUGUGAGUCCAUUCCCUCCUUUUAUGAAGUCUUCACACUUCGAACAUAACGAAGAAACUCGAAAUUUCUUAUUAAGAAAAUUGAUCAAUGGAGGGAGGAUGGCGGAGAUGGCUCCUUCGUUCGAAACAAGUAUGGCAAAAGGAAGAAACGAUCAGUUGAAGAUGCUUCUUAGGGAGGUCAAAUGA